AUGUGUGUUGAUGACGCAGUUUUGGAGAAGUUUGUUUCAGAGAAUGACUCCAGUUUUUCACUUGAAAAUGUGGAAAUGAAGACGAAGGAGAUAAUUUUGGAACGAUGUCGUAGAGUUUUAGAAAGUGAUAGCUCCUCUGACUUAUAUAUUUGUCUGUCCUGCAUCCGGAUACUGACACGCGAUGAAAUCUCCCGUAAGGAGUUGACAUCUGACUUCUUUUUAUCUCAACUCCUCAAGUAUGCUUUUCCUUAUGGAGCAUGUUCACAGUGUUCUCGGAUAAACAUAGAGGCACUGAAGUCACUGUCUAACAUUAUAUUCAAAGAAACAUAUGUUAUUAGUCGACUGAAGGAAUUGGGUGUUGUAAAGAAGAUAGUUGAAGGUAUGAAAGCUCUUGAGCAGUGUUCGGAAAAAGAACAACUUCUUCUAUGUUUGAAGCUCGCUUUCCUGGUCACCGCUUUAGAUCACUCUUCAAGACAGGAGCUAAUCGACUUCGAAGCUUUACAACUACUUUUAAAAGUCCUACAAAUGAAGAGGUCGGACAUUUCAGAUUCACUUAUUGUUGCAGAAGCUCUUAAAACAAUUUACAAUAUACUGUAUUCAGUGAGGGAUGACAACGAUAUGACAAAGUUAGGUGAUGAUAUCCAAAAUCUUGUCAUCUUACUCAAACACCUUUUAAAAGAUUCAGAGAAGGAUAAUUUCGACAAUCAUGUGUUAAUCAGUCAAAUUGUCAACGUGUUAAACAUUAUACCGAAAGUUUCUUAUAAAUAUCUUCUGUGCGAUAAGGUUGCUGAUGAACAUUGUAAUGACAAGUCUUCAGAACAUUCACUUUCAGUUAGUGAAACGAAUGAGAUGGAUUGCAUUGAAAUUCUUGUAAACUUUCUUCAUUGUCAGCUUAAACUGGAUGCUAACAAAGUUUCUGAAGCUACUGACGAUCUACGAACUGAUGAAAGAAUAUGCCCCAUUUUGAAUUGUCUUACACGAGCGUGUAAAUCAAAUCAGCAGAUUAGGAAAUUUUGUCGUUUAAAAGUACUACCUUACCUGGGGAAAGACGUAACACGUUUGCCUGAAGAUGGUGAUAGUAUCAGGAACCACCUUUGUAAAUUACUUACGCAUCCAGUUCAAAUUGUUGGUGAAUCAGCUGCCUUAUUCAUCUUUGUACUGUGUAAAGAGAAUAUUGGAAGAGCUGUGAAAUACACUGGUUUCGGAAAUUUCGCCGGUUUCUUAGCACGUCACGCACUACUCGGGAAACCGUCAAAAGUUAACAGAAACUCGAAUUCGAAUGCCCUAUCAGAUGUUGAAUAUUCUGAGACAUCUACUGAAUCUGAAACAGAAGAGUAUAAAAGCUUGAAAGAUGAUGUCAAUCCUGUAACAGGACGAUGGGAAAUUCCAAAAUCAAAUCCUAUAGAGAAUAUGUCUGAUGAACAAAAAGAAUAUCUAGCUAUGGAUUUAGUACAAAAGAUUGAUAAACUUGAGAGAUCCGGAUUAAUUCAACCUGGAACCAUAGGUGAAGAUGGACGUGUACGACCUGUGCAACAUGUCCUUGAAUUACUUCAACAAACAAAAGAAGACAAUCAAAAGUCAGAUGAUUCAACAGAAGAGGUGGACAAGUGA